GGAGCAGCGGCAGCAGGCUGCUUAGUGAAUCACAUGUCUGCACCGUCCCCGUUAUCCGCUGUAUAAAGAGCAGCAGCAGAGAGUCUGGACAGCUGCAGACGGUCUGGAGUGUCAGGAAACACACGGAGGUUUUUUUCAUCAUUGCCUGCUGGCCCUGUGAGAGUCAGAGAGGAUGUUAAUGAUGAUGAUGAUGAUGAAGAAGAAGGGCUCGAAGGGGUCUUUGGCCGUGGUGGCUCUUCUUCUGGUGUCAGCCAACUGUCUCCUGCUGCCAUCAAGAGAGGAUCUCAAUCAAAUCUCCCUUCAGGGAGAAAAAUAUCUGGACAAACAGAUCGAAAAUGCUAUUAAUGGAGUGAAGGAGAUGAAGAGUGUGAUGCAGAAAUCUUCAGAAGACCACAAGAAGUUUUUGGAUGCUCUGGAGAAAACCAAGGAGCAGAAGGAGGAAGCGAUGCGUACGGCUCAGGAGAUGGAGGCCAAGCUGGCGCAGGAGGAGGAGGUUUGUAAUGACACCAUGAAGGCUUUGUGGGAGGAGUGUAAGCCCUGUCUGAAGAGCACCUGCGUUAAAUACUACUCCCGCACCUGCAGCAGUGGAUCUGGACUGGUGGGACGCCAGCUGGAGGAUGUGCUGAACAGAACAUCUCCUUUCUCCAUCUGGAUCAACGGGGAGAAGAUCGACGACCUAAUGCAGGAAGGGCAACGACAGAACAGAGAGUUCAAAGACCUGGAGGAAAAAUAUACAGAGAUGGCCGAUGGUGUGGAUACCAUAUUCUCAGACAGUAUGAAGGUGGCUGAUCACAUUCACGACACUCCUCCCGUGUUCUUUUUCCCUAAUUUCCUGUCACCACACAUUCGUCGGAGCAGGAGCGUCCAUUCUCUGUUCCACGAUCCUUUCCAUGGCUUCCAGAAUUUGUUCUCCCCCAUGAUGGGAAUGAGCAGGAACUUCUUCAGUUCCAUGGGCUCCAUGAUGGACAUCGAUAGUGACACUCCUCCUAAUGAAGAUGGCAGUGUGAAUGAAGAUGUCGUCAUCACCAAACCUUUUGGUAACGGCAGGAUGACGUGCAGAGAGAUUCGUCGCAACUCGGCUGGAUGCUUCAAGUUCCGUGAGGAAUGUGAGAAGUGCAAAGAAAUCCAGCAUAUUGACUGCUCUGGGAAGAGACCUCUGGAAGGCCCUCUCAAGGAAGAACUGGAGGAGGCUCUGGCCUUGACCGAGCGCUUCACCCAGCAGUACAACUCCCUCCUGAAGAGGUUUGAGGAGCAGAUGUUCAACACCUCAUCCAUCCUGGAUAUGUUCAACAGGCAGUUUGGCUGGGUGUCAUCUCUGGCAAACAACACUCAGGACGGCAUCUUCCGUGUUCAGACAGUGAUUUGCAAGGACACCGAGGAGAAGACAGGUGAGGAGGACCAGCCUGCAGAAACCAAUGUCUCUGUGCAGCUUUUCGAUGCUCCAGUCCUGAACAUCACUGUGCCGGGCGACAUCCCCUGGACCGACCCGAAGUUCUCUGAAGUGGUGGCCCAGGAGGCUCUGGACCGCUACAAGGAAACCAGCGUGGUGGUGAAAUAAACUUCAGUUCAACCAGAUUUGCAGCCGAACCUGCAGUGUCUGCUGACAAGAAAAUGUUCUGGAUUCAUCAAAAUACACUUGAGAUUCAGACAAUAAACGCUGCUGGAAAACCCUCCUGAAGCCAACCCACUGAUUCCACUGUUCCUCUUUAAGUCCUGCUUUUGCAAACAACACAGUUUAACCUCAGUGGUUUAUAUUGUUACAUUAGUCCUGCUGUAAGAGAAGAUAUUAACUAGAUGACUGGCCUGACUCAUGUCUAUAGAGCCUCCAACGUAAGGCUUUAUGUUGGAGGUGUACCAUAGCUGAGCUGGGCUUUGCAAACAAGGGCCAUAGUGCAAACACUAUUUGUGCUUGUUUUACUUGUGUGAAUUAUUAUUCUUCGCAUUCAGCUGUUGUAACACGAGAUAUAUUCUCAUAGCACAGUUCAUUAAGAUCAAGUUUUUGAUGCAAAAAUUUGUAGGAAACUAAAGUUUAUUCAGUAUGUUGCAGUGAUUUUUUUUAAUCUGAUCUUCCCUUCUACAGAGCUCAGAUACUAAUUAUCUGAGUUGGUUCAAGUGGUGGAUUUAGCAGAAUUAAAAUCAUUGAUCUGAAAGAUUAAAGUUGUAAAAUGGAAACAGAAAUUGAUGAUGUCCAGGAUGCUUUGAGCCACUCUGUAAAACAGCCUAGCAACAAAGCAAGAUGUAGAGAUUUAAAUAAAACCUGCUCACACCUG